GCAGCAAGCCUCAGCAUCCUAGACCUACCUCACGGUCCUCACCCCUGUCUAACCCUGCUACAGAAUCCCCAACGCCUUCACUAAAGAGCAAGCCGACGCCAUCACCAAGAAUGUGUGGACCCGGCUAGGCAUGGACCCCAACGACCGGUCGACCUGGACGCGCCUGCGGACCAACAUGCCGCAUCACACAACCUGGGACGCGUCGCAGUUUGCGCCGCGCGCCUGGGCCGCCAUCUGCGAGCUCUGCGGCGGCGAGGACCGGGUCGAUCCGGACUCCAAGACGUGGCGCGACUCGCUGAUCGUCAACCUCGGCGCCCCGGAGUACGAGAGCAAGCCGGUCCCGCCCCAGGACCUGCCGGAGUGGCACGUCGACGGCGACUUCUUCGUGCACUACCUGGACAGUCCCGAGCAGGCGCUGCUGGUGACGCCGCUGUUCACCGACAUCGUGCCCAACGGCGGCGCCACCUACAUCUGCCCGGAGGCGAUCCCUAAGGUGGCCAAGCACCUGUACGAGCACCCGGAAGGCGUGUCGCCGCGGAUGACGCCUCGGGCCGACCCCGGCUUCCGGCAGGAGAAGGACCUCAGCUGGUUCUGCAACGUGGCCAAGAGCUGCGACAACUUCAUCGAGGCCACAGGCCAGGUCGGCGACGUGUAUCUGAUGCACCCGCUCAUGCUGCACGCGCCGUCGAGCAACUCGCUGCGCAGGGUGCGCAUCAUCACGAACCCGCCCGUGUCGCUCAGGGAGCCGCACUGCUUCGACAGGGAGGAUGAGAACUACAGCCUGGUGGAGCAGGUCACGCUGCGCGCGCUGGGGAAGGACAGGCUGAGCGGGUGGAAGAUUGCCGGCCCGCGGGAGCGAGUCGUCCCUGAGCGGGUGAAGGCCCAGGAGAGGAUGCGGCUGGAGGAGCUGCGGAGGCUGGAGGAGCUCAAGGCGAUGGAGGGGCAGCCGGCUGUCAGUGCCGCGGCGUGAUUCAAUAGUACUUAAUAAUAAGGCGCCUGUGUCGAGGACUCGAGUUAAGUGUUAAUACAGAUAGCCAUACGUACCACAAUACUUCGUAUCUGCUAAGAUUCUGAUCUGAUGUUUAUUGAUAGGUUUGGAUGUCUCUAAUGUUAUCUAGAUGCCAAAGGGAAAUAAACAUAUGUCGAG